AUGACCAUUUUGACACCUGUCUGUGGUCUUUCGGACUAUAAAACGAUACUAUGUAGCCUCAUUGGGGCAUAUUUGUUCCUCUGGGUUAUAUAUGCACGCACAGUUCAUCCCUUUGCCAAAUAUCCAGGGCCCUUCCUGGCAUCGGUUUCGAGGUUAUGGAUCAUUCUGGAUGUCAUGCAGGGAAGUGCACACAAGACGCAAGCAGAGUUGCACAAAAGAUUUGGUAUGUGUAGCUACAGGCUUUCACGUCCGAUGAUUCGGAUUGCCCCAAACGAAGUCGCUAUCUCUGAUCCACGCGCAAUAAAAGAAAUAUAUGCUGUGAACUCUGGAUUCACCAAAACAGACUUUUAUCUGCCGUGGAAAACCAAAUUCUCUCGCUUUCCCGAUCACUUUUCGCAAACUGAUGAAAAGGCCCACGGCCAGAGAAGGAAGAUUGUUAAUAACAUCUACUCAAUGACGAGCGUGGUCAAAUCGGAGCCUUUAAUUGAUGUUUGCAUCGAACUGUUCAUGGAAAGGAUGAACGAAUUUGCCCACAAAGGUCAGUCUAUAGAUCUCGCUACCUGGCUGCAGUGGUAUGCCUUUGAUGUUAUCGGAGAGCUCUAUUUUAGCUCCAUGUUUGGCUUUAUGAGAGAACGGACGGAUUAUGGUAAUUACAUCGCAUCUCUUGAUACUUUACUACCCGUGCUUUGCGCUGCUAGCGUAAUGCCUACCUACCUCAGGGGCCUGUUUCUUUCUUCUGGUAUGCUAUUAAGCUCAGCCAGGAAAGCACUCAAGGCCCUGCAGAAUAUUGAACAAGCUUCCGCAACCUGUGUUCAAGAGAGAUUACAGUCAAAUAUAGUUGAAACUGAUACCAGAGAGGAUUUUCUCGGCAAGUUACUCGCAAUUCAUGAAAAUAAAGGCAAGGAACAAGAUUUCGACCUAGCAAAUGUACAAACAGAAGUGUACAGUGGAUUGUUUGCUGGUAGUGAUACAACCGCUGCAGCUCUAUCCUCAAUCAUCUAUCAUGUGUUAAGCAAUCCCGUUAUCUACGCCAGACUUACCAAGGAAAUUGAUGAAGCCACGGAAGCCGGGAAGCUCAGCUUCCCGCGAGUAAAAUAUACCGAAGCCACUAAGCUCCCAUAUCUUGUCGCAUGCUGUAAGGAGGGUAUGCGAAUUCACCCCAGCGUUGGUUUGACAUUGCCACGGGUUGUUCCAACGGGAGGGUGUCGCAUUGCAGGACAAUGGAUCCCCGGUGGGCUUCGCGUUGGGGUAAACGCUGCGGUAGUCCACUUCAAUAAAGAAAUAUUUGGAGAGGACGCAGAGCAGUAUAACCCUGAUCGGUGGUUUCGGGAAAAUGCUGUGCAGAUGGACCGACACAUGUUCCAGUUCGGUGGCGGCUCCAGGACAUGUAUUGGAAAGAAUAUCUCCCUUUGUGAGAUUCAAAAGCUUGUUCCAGAGAUUCUCCGGACCUUUAACAUCACGCUAGAAGCUCCUGAAAAAGGGUUCAGGUCACUCAAUCACUGGUUUAACAAGCCACUUGCUCUUAACGUGGUUAUGCAGAGGCGCGAGCUUAAUGUUUAA